UUCGAAAACAUUAGAAUUUUGACAUUAGAAGUGGAAACAUUGUUCAGGAAACAGGAAACAAAAAAAAGAAUAAUCAUGUUUCGAUACAUUUCCGUCUAUGUUCUCGUUGCUAUAGUCAUUUAUAUCGAUGCGAAGGUUUUCCCAAUAUGCGGACAGAAUGAAAAACCGAACAUAUGCGGAGAAGGUAUCUGCCCACCAACUUGCUGUAAUCCAAAGAUGGAAUCGUGUUUCCUACUAGGUUUAGGACCUGUUUGCACAUGGUCUACGACAGGAGGUUGUCGAUGCGUUAACGGCACCGUUAGAAACGAAAAUAAUAAUUGUGUACCGCUUUCAGAAUGUCCACCUGAGAUUUGCUCUUCGAACGAAUAACGAACUUCAACGAUGUUAAUCUAUAUAUCUAUGUCUACAUCUAUAUCAGAAAAGUAGAAGAUAAAUAGAAGAUCCUUGUAUAGCCAUCAUUGUCCAUUGUAGAAAAUAAGUCUUGUGUCAAAUAAAGAGACUGUAAUAGCUGAA